AUACAAUAGAAUUUUUUGGCAAAUGAGACUCAGGCAAACCCUUUUAAUUUCUCCAUGCUAGCUCCGUCCUUUAUCCUCAUUUUAUAUAAUAAAUAUUAUAUUAACCAGACCUCUUCUACAAUCUAGAACCAGUCAAGCAAUCUAUCCAAGACACGGUAAAAUCUUUUUUGCCAAAUGCAAGUCUUGUUUUCCACCUAAACCCCUAUAUUUUUCUUUCAAACUUUACAAGCUAGUCUUUUUUUCAACAAUGGCAGCCAAUAAUCCUCAAAAACUUCAUUUUGUGUUCAUCCCAUUACUUGCACAAGGCCACAUGAUUCCCAUGAUAGACAUGGCCAGGCUAUUUGCUGAGCAUGGUGUGAAGGUUAGUUUAGUAACUACACCACACAACGCUUCAAGAUUCGCAAUAAUUAUCAAUCGGGCAAGAGAAAUUGGGCUAGAUAUUGAACUCAUUCAAAUCCCAUUUCCCAGUGAAGAAGUUGGCUUACCAAUUGGUUGCGAAAAUCUUGAUAGCGUCCCUUCACGUGACCUUAUAAUAAACUUUUAUACCGCACUUAAUACGUUACAAGAACCACUUGAGAAGUUUUUGCAAGAGCAAAUUACCCCUCCAAGUUGCAUAAUUUCAGAUAAGUGUCUUUCCUGGACUUCAGAAAUAGCGCGAAAAUUGCAUGUCCCGAGGCUUGUUUUCCACGGGAUGUGUUGUUUUUCUUUGUUAAGUUCACAUAAUUUGAAGCUACAUAGGCCUUAUCUAAGGGUCAAAUCCGAUACAGAACGUUUCGUUGUGCCAGGACUUCCACUAAGGGUUGAAAUAGCCAAAAAUCAACUUCCGGGGGCCUUCGUGCAGUUACCGGACUUGGAUGAUAUUCGGGGUCAGAUGCAAGAAGCUGAAUCAAGUGCUUAUGGAGUGGUGGUUAAUAGUUUUGCGGAAUUGGAACAUGGAUGUGUGGAGGAAUAUGAAAAAGCAAUUAACAAGAAGGUAUGGUGCAUUGGACCAGUUUCACUUUGCAAUAAGAAUGUUAUGGAUAUGUACCAAAGAGGGAACAAACCUUCAAUUGAUGAAAAACAAUGUUUGAAAUGGCUCGAUACUAUGGAAAAUAAGUCUGUUCUUUACUGUUGUCUUGGUAGCCAAUGCAGGCUAAUCGCAUCACAGUUGAUAGAAAUUGGGCUAGGUUUAGAAGCAUCACAACGACCAUUUAUUUGGGUAAUGAAGACCUCCAAUCAAAAUUUUCUUGAGUUGGAAAAAUGGUUAGUGGACACAAAGUACGAGGAGAGAACCCAAGGGAGGGGACUUGUGAUUAAAGGUUGGGGCCCUCAAGUUCUUAUAUUGUCACAUCCAGCCAUAAAGGGGUUCCUAACACAUUGUGGCUGGAACUCAACAAUUGAAGGGGUGAGUUGUGGCGUGCCUAUGAUCACAUGGCCAAUGUUUGCGGAACAAUUCUUUAAUGAAAAGCUCAUUGUUGAAGUUUUGAGGAUUGGAGUUGAAGUUGGAGUUAAAUUUCCAGUUAGAUGGGGAGAAGAAGAGAAAGUUGGAGUACUUGUUCGCAAAGAACAAGUUGCAAGUGCUAUAGAGGAACUAAUGGAUGGAGGAGAAGAAGGGGAAAUGAGAAGAGUUAAAGCUAAAGAACUUGGAUUAGUAGCAAGAAGGACCAUGGAAGAAAAUGGAACUUCUCGACUCAACAUAUUGAACCUUAUCCAAGACAUCUUAAACCAGUCAUUAAGUGCUCAAUUAGUUUAACAUUUAAGUUAUAUAUACUGACAGUAUAAAUAAGUUUUAUAUUAUUAGCGUGAUUGUAAUUUGUUAUUCCGUACAUUUAAGUUCCAAAUUAUAGUAUCAUGCAUGCUUGAUUUAAUGAUUACCUAUUGAUGUUGUAGGUGAAAUUAAGGGCAUAAAACUUAAAACGGUCUAUGAAGAACUAUCUCUUUUUCUUUAUUUUUCCCUUUCCUAAGUUCCUUUGCUGUAUCCUAUGCGAAAUUAAUAUGGUAUCAAGUAUCAACUUUUGUA